UAAGGUCGGGUUGCGAUGGGGUGGUGUGGUGUAUGCUGUUGGCCACCGUAAGGCAUGGAACGUCUGUGCUCAUUCGCGGUACGGUCUUUGCUGGUGAAGGAAGUCUGAUCGCGCUCGCUGGUUAGCUUGCUGCAAGGAUAAACUUCAUCAGCAACGACAACGACGACGACGACGACGACGGCGAUAACGACGCUGGUGGCGGCUCCAUCAGGACGGAUAGAAAGUUUGUUAAUGUUAGGUUUGCGUGUGCCGGAGGCAGAGAAGCAGUGUGAAGGUGAAUGGGUUGGGUAUUAGUGCGGGCUGUUGAGCAGCUGAUAACGUUUGUGGAGUAUUGAGGAAACUCAACAAUGUGAAACGGUGCCGGUGUGCGAAUGAGAAAUCGUUAGUCUAUUUCGGUGUGUCUUGUUCUAUACUCGGGAGCAGUUUUGUACAAGUGACCUAUUUUCUGCAACGGAAAUAGAGUGUCUGUGGAAUGGAGAGCAAUAGACAAGGUUGCAGUAGAGAGCACCGAAGAAGAAAGGAAUCUAUUUCCCGAAAUAAAAAAUGAGCUGUGAUAAUCUAGAAUAAAGUGCUUACCCAACACCAGUUAAAUAUUUGGAUGAAUAUAACUAGAAGUAGCAAAACAGUAGAAAGAGUUAUAUACGAUUCGUUGAAGUGGAAUAGUGAAAAGCCAUGCUGUCCAGCAACAAAGGCCAAUAGAGUGGAAGUGGAAAAUAGAGUACCCUUAACUUGUCUGUAAUCGCAAAUCAGUGUUCACGUUCAGUGAUGUUUUGUGCUUACGUGGUAGAAUCGAGAAUCAGAUCAACACGACAGGUUCAACAAAGGCACAAAGACGUUCUACCUUGAGCAAAAAAAAGGAAACCGUAAACAGUGCACAAAGUGCACCGCAUAAAGAAGGAACUGGGAAAACUCUAGGAACGUCGACGGGCACAGGGUCCCAGGUCCGGUACAUGGAACGAUAAUAUGGAUUUAAUAUCGCUUCCACCGUGCUCUCGACGAACGGACAGUGGCAAGAUGGUGGGUGGCGGUGCCGCGGAGCACCAUCAUCAGCUUACCAUCAUGACCGGAAACGGUGCAACUGGUGGCCUUUCGCCCACGUCGACGACGAUAAAGAUCUCCACCACGUAUCUGAAGACACCGGUCAAGACGGAUCAGGACAUUUUGGAGAACUCCAUGCUGGAGGAUGAUCCCAACUCGAACACCAUUCUAAGCACAGAGGCAAGCUGUGGGGCCAUCGAUGCCAACGGAAAAUGCCUCGAUGGACGCGACAGCCUGGCAAAGCGACCACGAUGGGGACCACAGCACAAAGGGGCCCAGGAAUUAGCUAAACUGUACAGUAGCGGUAAACGUACUCAGGAAAUUAUCUGCAUCUACAUCUGCAUCACGCUCAUAGUCAUCAACCUGUUUCUCAUUCUCAAACACUUCCGGCUGGAGCGGAUAAGCAAAGUAGUGGUGGCGGCACUGUUUGGAAUUUUGACUGCGGAUUUCGGCUCCGGUCUGGUUCACUGGGGUGCCGACACGUGGGGUUCGGUGGAACUGCCAAUAUUGGGAAAAAAUUUUUUGCGACCAUUCCGAGAGCAUCAUAUCGAUCCGACCUCAAUCACGCGGCACGAUUUCAUCGAAACUAAUGGGGAUAACUUCAUGGUGGCGGUGCCGAUUCUCGCUAAGCUGGCGUGGAAUUUCUUCACCCGAAGCAACUCGGAAAUUCAGCAGGAGUACGCACUCAGUGCCUAUCUGUUUCUGUGUUCUAUCUUCAUCGCCAUGACAAAUCAGAUUCACAAAUGGUCACACACCUACUGGGGUCUCCCGAAGUGGGUGCUGUUCCUGCAGAAUCAUCACAUCAUUCUGCCGAGGCGACAUCAUCGUAUCCAUCACGUAGCACCACAUGAAACAUAUUUUUGCAUCACCACGGGAUGGCUCAAUUGGCCACUGGAGAAGAUAAAAUUUUGGUCCACUUUGGAAGCCGUCAUCGAGGUCUGCACUGGCCACAAACCACGGGCAGACGAUAUGAAAUGGGCCCAGAAGCGUACAUGAUCGUAUACGAGUUGGCUGCUGCUGCUGCAACAUCACAUUCCAUUGCUGACCGCGUGUGUUCGUUAGUGAACGCUUCUCAUUUCGGAAUGCUGAGUUGGAUUUUUUCAUCACCUUAUUUCAUUCAUGCGUUUAGUAGACUUUGCAUGCACCAUUUUGCAGAUUUUAUACAAAUGCGAGUAGGAAGGAGCGUAGGAAAAUAGCCAUGAUGAUAGAACAACGAAAUUUUGAUAAAUUUUACCUGUAGGAUUUAAUCAAAAGCAGUCUAGUCAAAAGAAAAUCGUUGUAAAAGAGGGGCAUGUCGCUGGAAAUAUAUGUAAACGUGUAGCGCAUUUUAAAAGCUUCACAUCAACAGAUACUCAAACCUAAGUAAAAAAUGUUCAUAUACAAACAUGGUUGGGAUGAACAAGAAGACAAAAAUAACAGGCUUUACCUCAUGGAUUAAUUGCGGUGGACUCAUGAAUUCUAUUGCCUAUUACAAUUGUUGAUACUUAUUUUAGGUCUGCAAGAAGUCUAUGACUAUGUUUAGGCUAACAUAAGGAGUAGAGCUUGCUGGUAUAGUUGUUCCGCACUAUAUAUUGAGGAACACGCUAGCCUUAGUGCAAUUAUUGAGUUUCGAGUUCUAUUUAUAGUUGGUCACCCUAAUCACAUGACCUAGCUAUUUUGCUUAUGCGAUAUGAAUGAAAGAACCAAAGCUUAUUUAUGCCUUACGAACGAUAACUCAUGGAACUAAAAAUGAACACAAAUGAUAGAGAAAAUGCACACAGAAAUUUGCCGAACCUGGGUCAUGCGUCCCCAUUAUGACUCAUUGUUUUACACGAUACCUAUUGCAAUAGAGUUGAAGAGCACUAGCUUAGGGCACUGUUGAACUGUGAAACCCAAGAAAGGAGUGUAGUGUUGAGAGAAAUACAAUUGUUUAAUAUUAAUUGCUAAGGCGUAAACACACUGCGGCAGCACCAUAACUAGAUGCUUGUAUAUUUGGUACAAAAUCCUCGCUCCAGGUUUGCAAUGCUGUGGUGCUGGUCAAGAAACAAGCUGCAAGGAACUUCUUCGAUGAGUGGCAGAUGUUGAGAGGAUUAUUAAAUAAUUUAUGUUUUCUUGAACCGAAUAUCAUGACAUGAGCCUUGGGCGUUUAUGGUGGCACCAUCCCAUCCCAGAAGAACAACUGCCGGAAAACUUAUUUCUUUCGUCUUGGUUCAUGCUCGUUUAGGGCAGCAAAGAGGCUUGCUGUUUGAGUGGUCAUUUGUUGCACAUUUUGCUCAGAUUCUUCUGUGGAUGCGGUGGUUGUUUGCUUCGAAGGAAAAGAAUUUUAUUCGUUCAACCGUUCAAAUGGGGAUGCAUCAAGCGCUUGAAUAAUUCAUCUGGAUUCUGGAGAAACAAAUUGUACAUUGAGAUUGACUACCCAAACAUUUCAGAAGGCGAUCACAUCUAAGCACCGCAUUCUUUUGUAUUAAAUAUUGUAUAAGUCUCGAGAAUAGCAGAGUACAUAGGAAGCAUUGCACGUGCUUAAAUAGUUUUUAUCAUUGAACGUAUUUUUUCGCUCUUUGAUUAUUUAACAAAGUUUUAUUCUUUUCAAAGACUCACAUUAAACGACCAAGAACAUCACUUUAUUAGUAAGAAAAAAAAAUGACACAAAACUAAGUGUUCACAUGCAGCAUUAAGUUAUCCAACUUAUAAUAAUAGGCAUUUACAAACUAAACGAAUUAAAAAUGCAGAUAUACAAAAGGCAAUUUUAAACGCAUGUGCAUGUUCAAACGGAAUCGUACAAUCGUAAAUUAUUAAACCCACAAACUUCACAUAAGUAAUUGCUUUUUCUCAAGUAACAAGCUUUAGCAUAAAGUACAACGAACCCGAACAAAAGAACCAAACCAGAAAAGAGGAUAUAUUUUUGUCGUCGAUAUUUUACUGCUAGAAUAGACUGCGGCUGCCAUGUUGGUAAAUUCUGUACAUAGUAGAAAACAAAACAAACUAUUUAUUUUUUUUGCAGUUUUGGCACAUGAAAUGUACAAUAAGGCAGCAAAUAAUCUGCGAUUUUACAAGUUUAUAAGCAAAUCCAACGUCGUACAACGAAGGUUGCAUUAGUUAUGAAGGUGAAUGUAACUUAAUGGCUUGUUGCGAUUGAAUGGCAAUUUUGCUUCAGAAUUCUAGAAAUGCAGCAAAAGAAUGAUUAAGCAGCAAACUUUGUUUAAUUACACGAUGCAUAAAAUGAACAAAUAAAAUGUUUUCUU